AUGGCUACUGAGCUUGCGAAAAGCGUUGCAUCAAUUUACCAAUUGGCAACAAACGAAAAUCCUGGUGCUGUGAUCGCUCAAGUCCAGUUCAAUGGAGAGAACUUCGACGAGUGGGCACAGGCUUUGAGAUCGGCGUUACUUGUGAAGAAGAAGUUUGGCUUCGUUGAAGGAUCGGUGACCAAGCCAAAGACCGACGCACCUGAAUAUGAAGAUUGGGUGUCGGUGACAUCUAUGGUUUCGCUGUGGAUCCUAAACACAGUGGAACCUAAGAUCCGAAGAACCUUGAUGAACAAGGAAGAUCCACACGAGUUGUGGAAGGAAAUCAAAGACCGUUUUUCUGAAGGAAAUGGUCCCAGAUUUCAGGAGAUUAAGGCAGAGCUUGCAGCUUGUCGACAAGGAAAGAUCGGCUGCAAAUGCGACUUGAACGUGCAACUCGAGAAGAAGAGGGAAGAGGAUCGAAUCCAUCAAUUCCUCUUAGGAUUGGAUAACGAUGUGUUUGGCUCUGUUCGUGCCUCCAUAAUCAGCACUGAACCGAUGCCAAAUAUGAAUCAAGGUGAAGUCCAUUGA